GACUGCGCUUGUUUGCAGCCGUGUCUCACGACCACCAGAUGGCGCUGGGGCCCCUGUGCCCAGCUUGAUUGACAGGGAGCCUUCCAUCCGCGCACACGCACUCCGGACCGAGCAUGUGGGGAGCAUCUCGUACCUCUGCAGAGAGGAGGAGAAGCUGGAGUGAUGGAGGAGAAGAAGAGAGAAUCUUUCCAUCAGUAUGGAUCGCUGGAUCGUGCACAAUGGAGCACAGGCAGCCACAAAGCAGAGGAGGACGUGGUGUCCAUGGCGGACUCCAGUAUCACUGUGGACGACAUCGAGGGCGAACUCUUCAAGAUUGACCGCAUCAGAGAUAUUCUGGUCCGGAGGGAGUCAGAGCUCAGAUACAUGAUGGAUGACAUUCAGUUGUGCAAGGAGAUCACUCGGCUGAAGAAGGAGCUACAAAAAUUAGUGUCACUACCAGACAACCACAAGUCCAACGAGGAUCAACAAAAAGAAGAAGAGCUUCUUCUGCAGAUCCAUAAGUUGGUGGAAACCAGAGACUUCCUGGUGGAUGACGUUGAGUUCGAAAGACUCAGGGAGAAAGAAGAAGAUAAAGAAAUGGCAGAUUUUCUACGGUCCAAAUUCCCGAGACACUUGCAGAAAAAAGAUGGACCGAGCAGGCGUGCGGCAUCCAGGGCUCAGCAGAACUCUUCCCCCUUCUCCAAAACGGGCCUCACCCUGCUGAAGGAGUGCUGCGGCUUCACUUGCGCUGUCAUGUAGCUUUUCAUCGUCUUUAGGUCACAGCUAACACUGGAAGUAAGAAAGACAAAAAGUGAUUGUCAGUGUACACAACCUCCCCAUUCAUCUCCAUGUGCCUCACGCUCAUGGCUCAGUCUCAUUCCUUCUAUUUAUCUCACAUAUUGAAAAAGCGUAGCAUUGAUUAUCAAGCCAAAACUGAAAUGGAGCUACAAUAUGAACAUUCCCUCGUUAGAAAAGUACACCGUUUUUCAGUUGUUAGUUUUUAAUUAGCACCAAUAUUAGCGAGGGUGACUUCACCAACUUCAAGGAAAUGAGAUCUCUGGGGACGUGGCGGCUCACAUUAAACGGGAAUGUUCAUUAAUAACUUUUUUUUUUCUAGAUAGAUGAGAGAAACAUAGUAUAAAGUUAACAAGAUUUAUGAAUAGGUUCUCAUAAGACACAGGUGUCAAACUCAAGGCCCGGGGGCCAGAUCCGGCCCACCACAUGAUUUUAUGUGGCCUGCGAAGGCAAAUCAUGUGUGUCAACUUCCACGAUAAAAUCUGUACCAACAUUUCUAAUUGUCAUAUUUCGUAAAUAACAUUUGAGAAAUUGCAAGCAUUUUUGUGUUACCAAAUAUGAACAAUAGUUGAAAAACCCAUUAGCCUUGAUUUCUGAUUCCAAAACUAGUUUAUAAAUUUCGGGUGUAAUAAUAUGAUGAGGUGAUUCUGCUGUUAGGCUGUUACAGCCGAACAGGACAAAAAAUAAAAAUGAUGAGGUAAUUAACGAUUUUUAUGGUUUCACAAUCAUAAUGGCCAUCUGAGGAAAACCGUAACUACAAUGUGAGUUUGACACCCCUGUCAUAAGAAUAUAAAAAUAAAAGUCCACCACAGCAGGGCAGGAGAAGAGUUGGGUGUGAAGAUUUAACUUCUGAGACAUAUUUUCCCACCAAGUUAGGAUCUGUUUCUGAAAAAAUAAAUAAAUAAAAUAAUGUUCUUUAAUAAGAAAGGUGGCACUCUAUAGUAUUGUAUUUUAUAUACUUGGGGGCAAUAGAACAUUAUAGAGUAUAUAAACUGAAAGUCACAUACGCUGUAGUAUUCGUGUGUUGAUGUGUGCCUUUAAGAGGUGUGGCCUAGUGAGUGACAUCAGGAGCUCUGACUCCAUCUCUUAUUGGCCGUUUACCACGCGGUGAGUUCUGUGUUAGCCACUUCUCCAUGCUCCUUGCAGGUGUUUUCAUUUUGUAUGUGUGUGUUUGACUGUUUGUACUGUUCAAUAAACGGCUAGAAGUGCAUCGGCAAUUGUCGCGCUCU